AUGCCGCAGUCGUGUCGUUACAUCAACGUGUUGUCCGAGCCACCGCUUUCAGCCGCCGUGGCCCACUGGAUUUGGUCGCUCGUGGGCCACAUGUCCCACACAUGUGCCGCUGCGCGGUGCAAUGUUCCAAUGGACUUGGUGGGGCAACAUGGGGUUGCCGUGUGGACCGGCCAUGAUCCAAUGUCAAGCCAGACGCACGAAGAAGUUCAAGAGACCAGCUUCCGCGCUGGCACCAAGCGCGAUGACAUCAUCUCGGUAGGUUGGACGUGCUUCAUCCAAGAUAAAUCCGUUUGGUAA